AUGGGUUUCUCCACAAAAUGCUUGUGUGGGCUUCUUCUCUUCAGCAUUGUCUUGCAUUUGAGUGCAGUUGCACUUGGAAACAAGCUUGAGGAAACUAGAUUUGGUGAUGAUUGUGGCUUCGGGGGACGCCGGGGCUGUGGAGGUCGCUUUGGUAGUGGACGUGGAGGCCGCUUUGGACGUGGACGUGGAGGCCGCUUUGGACGUGGACGUGGAGAUUUUGGUGCUGGAGGAGGGGGUGGCUUUGGUGGUGGUGGAGGCGCUGGCGCUGGUGGUGGUUCUGGACAUGGUGGAGGGUUUGGAGCUGGAGGUGGUGCUGGUGCUGGUGCUGGGCAUGGUGGAGGUUUUGGAGCUGGAGGUGGUGUAGGUGGUGGUGCAGGUAUUGGUGGAGGUGCUGGAGGUGGAGGCGGUUUUGGUGGUGGUGGAGGUGGAGGUGCCGGUGGUGGGCCAGGACAUGGUGGGGGCUUUGGUGCUGGAGGUGGUGUAGGUGGUGGAGCUGGAACUGGUGGCGGUGUUGGCGGUGGAGGCGGGUUUGGUGGUGGUGGAGGUGGAGGUGCUGGUGGUGGGUCAGGUCAUGGUGGAGGCUUUGGAGCUGGAGGUGGUACUGGUGGUGGAGUUGGCACAGGAGGAGGCGUAGGUGGAGGUGGAGGGUUCGGCGGCGGUGGUGGUGGUGGAGUGGGUGGUGGCUCAGGUCAUGGUGGAGGAUUUGGAGCCGGUGGUGGCGUGGGCGGUGGAGCUGGUGGUGGGAUUGGUGGCGGAGGCGGUGGAGGUGGCGGUGGAGGUGGUGGAAGACAUUAA